CGACACGACAACAAUGAGCCCAAAAAAUUCAUCGAAAAAAGCCGCGAAAGCGAAGAUUCCCGAUAGAAAUUUAAGGGUAACCGACUUUUUUGCCCGAAGACCAGCACAAGCGUCGACUUCGUCGGUUGUGUCGUCUCAGCCUGGCCCAGUCGCGUUGGCCACACGUUCGCGUCAGAGCAACGCUUCAAAGUCAUCUGAGACAUCUGUCUCAGCCUCUCACAGGCAGACUAUGACUAUGACUACCACUCCACUCUCUGUUUCUCGCACCUCUACCUCCAGUGGUUCUACUACUCUUCUUUCUCCACCGCACACAGCAUCUAGGACUCGAUCUUCUACCUGUCAAACACCGACAGGUCCUAUGGUAUCGCCUCGUAUUACACGCAACCACGCAGUACAGAACACCCCUAGGGCGGUCUCUCGAAAGCGUCCUCGUUCCCCAGACCAGUGUCUCGGCACUUCUCACCUCCUGAGCUCGUCUUUGUCCGCCAAGGCCAGAACACCCCUCAAGCGUAAGAAGAAAUUCGACAGCGAUUCUGAGAGUGAACGUCCAAGCACUGUCAUCUAUGUCCAGAGACCAGGCUCUCCUUUGAAGCCGUCCACACUAGCCCUUCCACCCACAGUGCCUCACACACCUUCACCCAGUAAGCAUCUCAUAUUCAGUAGCCAAUCUGACGAGAUGGAACUCGUCCUCCCUGUACCAGACACCUCCUCCCUCAGUCAAGUCAAGGAACAAGUCCACAGUUGGCGCCAAAAUACUUUGGCAUCACCGUCGUCGUCUGUCAUUCAUGACAGUAGCCCCUGUGAUGUAGGUACAACGAAUGCAGGCCUGCCAGAACUUGUCACCUCCCCGUUCAAUGACGACGCGCGCUCGCGCUCUGCAACGUCCUUGCCAAGUGCACCUCCUGAGACACCCCUUCAACCCUCUGCUUCACUGCCCUCCCCGCCUGACACCGCAGGCGCCUUGCCACUUCCCGCCACACCCACGUCUGAUAAAGCACACAAGACUGCUGAGCUCAUUGCAAGUAUCAAAGCAAAAGCAUUCGCUGACAGCCCCCUGAGCGACGAGGAGAAAAACUACACGUUCCGUGAGCUCGAUGAGAGCAGCGACGAUGACCUAGAAAACAUGACUCUCCUUCCCGAUAAGAAGGGCAAGGGCAAGAGCUCACAUCUUCCUGUCCUGAAUGGUAUGGAUGGCGUAUUCGACUCGCCCCUAUCCAGUGUCCCAUCCUCGCCACCCAAACCUUCCACUUCAUAUAAUCUCCGCAACCGCCGUUCUCCUUCUGCCUCCCCCACGCGUCCCCCUCUUAACACCCACAAGAUGUCCCGAACUCAGAUACACACGCGCUCUGGUCGUACAAGCAAGCCUGCGCUGCCCCUACGCCUUCCUACCAUCGUCGUCACCAAGAAUGCGCCUGGACCUUCGAAGCUCAAGAAGUCCUUCAACCCGCUUGAAGCGCUCCUCCGUGAGAAAAAAGCAGCGGAGAAGCGCGGGAAUGGGAGUGCCGCAUUCCUGCGCGCUGAGGACGCUUUGCAGGCCCACGUCUCCUUGGGUGUGGGUCUGGAAGAUGACAUGAACUUGGCAGACGAGGGUGCCGCGUGGCAGGCUAUUCAGGAACACGCUCAGCGCAAGUCGAGUAGCCCCAUGCUUGGACCACUGGAAGAUGAUGUGUUUAUGGGCGAACGUGAGACCAAACUGCUUGGUCGUGAGGCAGGUGAAAAGAUCGAAAAGAUCCUCGUCAGCGACAAGAACAGCGAAAGCAAAAGGCCGAAGGGGAAAGCUUUGGGUGUGCAGCUCUGGCAGGAGGGCGCAGGUGAUGAUGGAAUGGAUAUCGAUAAAGAGUGCAAUGUGAGCUUCGGAGAUGGCAGUAAUCAUCCUGUAUUGGCACUUUUGCAACACCUGGGUGGGAUUGGAGCUGCCGAUCAGCUGGCUUUGACUCUGUCUUCAGGAGUGCUCGGCGUUCUAGGCCCUGAGGAGAAAUCAAUUGUUGUUUCGCCUCUUUUUGCGCUGGCCAUCAGUCACACGGAAUCCUGCCUCUCUGGCGCAGCAUACAGUGCUCUGCAUAGUUUGUGGAGUGCAGCAUCCUCCACAUCCAAAUCUACGCUCCGCUUUACGGACGUCGCUGCUGUGCUCGUCAACCUUGGCGCAUGCCACCAAGUGGCAGAAGACCUCCACUGGACAAUUCCUAAGGACGAACGUCCGUCUCAUAUCACCGCUGAAGACCGUUCGCGUGUUUUGAGUAAGCUGGUGACGCUGGUGGGCAUUGCCGGUCGAACGGGAAAUAUUGUGGCAGAUGAUGCUCCUGACGUGCUGUUGAGCCUCGUGCUUAUUGGCCUUGACAAAACCACUUCUAACGAGCUGAGGGCUGACUUAAAUCUCGCCAUCGACAACAUUUGCCAAACUAUUGAUACAUCAACUCACGUUUCCAUCCAUCAACGACUUCUCGGUUAUGCAUCUACGCUUACGCCGGCCAAUCAAGCCCAUUUCAUUUCGUUCUUCAGCAGCGGCAGUGGUCGCACACGUCACAUCGCACAGUGGCUUGCAUACGCGCUCUUCCUUCCAAACAGUAGACCUUCUGAUGCGCUUCCCGCACUCGACCCGCUCAUCCUUCUGCUUUCACCUGCACCUGGCUCGGAUGAGCUCUUCGACGUCACUAGCCUCAAGGCGGACUUUGAGGACCUCGGGCAUCACUUCGCUAUCAUCAGCGUCGCGCUCUCAAACAUCGAUUCCUACGUCCAUGAAGAGAACUCGUCUUCCCAGUCGCUUUCUCGUCAAUCAUCCAUGGCGGACGACAGCCCCCGGAAAAGUCAGAAGCCUCUUGCUCCACUUGAGCUACUCCUGCGUGUGUUGGAGGUCACGCAGGGGCGCAUUGUCGACACGCGUGCGGCACACCUGGAUCGCUCACGCACAAAGGCGGAGAUGCAUCGCCUCCAGAUGCGCGUGCAUUAUCAGCGCCAAGCCCUCAAGCCCUCAGGAGGGUAUAUAAAGCCGGCCACUAUCCAGCAUUACUUUGGUCCCAAGUAGCCUCAAGUAUACCCAAGUCACACAUGGGCUUCUUCUCUUCUUUUCCUUCUCUCUGCUUUUCUCUUUGUUUAAUGCAUGCCUCGCUUUUCCGCCAUGCGACUUCAUUUGUGAAUGUUAGUUAACAUUCUACGCUUCUUCACAAUGUCGCUUUCGUUGUCAUGUUUUCCGCUCAGAUGAUGCUUUCUUUCUACUCUAUGAGCUACCGACAAUGCUACUCCCGUCUCCUCGCCCGCUGCAGUAACAUAUUAUGUCCAUUAUAGC